ACAAAAAACAAAAAAAGUACAUACGGGAAGCGGCCCCGGAAGCCCGGAAAGCAAGCAAGCAGUGACGACAAUGGCUUCCUGCAGCUCUCUCCAGCGAACCCUUCUCCUGCCUCUCCCACCCAAAGCCCCCAAAAUUCUCGAUCACACCGCCGCCGUUGUCAGCUAUCCCACCACUGGAAAUGGCGGCGCUUGGAAGCCGCUCUCCUCGAUCCGGUGCAAGAACGUUAGAUCGGUCUCGGCGCUGGCCUCCUCGUCCACGGACGACCUCCGGCCGGAGAUGGACGAGAACCCGGAGGGCAUCAUCUCCGGCGAGUGGCCGGAGAACUUCUCCCUCCUCAGCUACGACGACCUCCGAGCCUAUCUCGAGACUCAGAUCAUCAGCAACAAGAUGAAGCCGACGGCGCUGUUGGGGGAGGUGAUGUCGACGCAGAUCCGGACAGCGACGGCGGAUCAGACGCUGGAGGAGAUCGAUCACCACUUUCAGGUGGUGUCGGGGCUACCGGUGAUCGACGCGGAGCUCAAAUGCAUUGGAGUAAUCUCAAAGAAGGACAAGGCCAAAGCCUCUUGUGAGUUGAAAUCGAAGGUUGGUGAAGUGAUGUCCUCUCCUGCCAUCACUCUGUCACCUGACAAGACAGUUUUAGAUGCUGCAGCUUUGAUGCUUAAGAUGAAGAUCCAUAGGGUACCAAUCGUAAAUGAAAAACAGCAAGUUGUAGGAAUGGUUUCUCGAACUGACAUAUUCCAGGCACUGGAAACCCAGGUGGUAUAAGCUCUCUGCUUCAUAAGAAUGCUUAUCUGCUGUGUAAAUAUGAAAAUAAGUGUAAAUAUGAAAAUAAGUUAAAGAAGCACAUAAAACAGGGCAGCUAUGACUUUGUGACUCCUAAUUGCAUAUUGUAUGAUAUAUUCUCUUCGUUUCUUUGUAAUGAAACUGUCCUUGUGGUGGACCCAUAAUCAUAUUUGAGCGAGGCAAUUUGAUGCUUA